CUCAUGACGCGGAACUCCGCGGUUUUCAUCACUUCCUCUGGUUGACAGUCUGUGUACCCCGGACGUGGUCUUCUCGUUACGAUGUUUCGCUGUUUGUUGUUCUAAGUAAAGCGCGUCGUGUCCGGACAACUUUCCAACGAUGGCCUGCGUGGAUUCAGAGGUUGACUUGUGGGUCGUUCCUCUCGUUGCGCUCAAUAUGAGCGUGCGUAAAAAGUUGGGACUGUACCUGAACCCUCGGAACGCGGUGGCCGCGGACUGGAUGGCCGUGGCGGAGGAAAUGGGCUUCAAUUACCUGGAGAUAAAGAACUACGAGGGGACCAAAAGUCCCACCGAGUCGGUUCUGGAGGACUGGCAGGCCCGCUGCACCGACGCGACGGUCGGGAAGCUGCUGUCCAUCCUGGAGGAGGUGGAGAGGAGAGACAUUGUCGAGGACCUCCGUCCCCUGAUGGAUGAGGACGUCAGGAAGUACUGCGAGAACCAGAAGAAGAACGCGAAGCCCCCUCUGCAGGUCCCAGAGGUGGACAGCUGUGUCCCUCGCCCCACCGAGAGGAUUGGUAUCACUCUGCAGGACGACCCCGAGGGUGCUCCCGAGCUGUUUGACGCCUUCAUCUGCUACUGCCAGAAGGACUUUGCGUUUGUGCGUGAGAUGAUCCGCGAGCUGGAACAGACCGAGUACAAGCUGAAGCUGUGCGUGUUUGACCGCGACGUCCUCCCGGGCUCCUGCGUCUGGACCAUCACCAGCGAACUCAUUGAGAAGAGGUGCAAGAGGAUGGUGGUGGUGAUUUCAGAUGAAUACCUCGAUAGUGACGCCUGUGACUUUCAGACCAAGUUUGCUCUCAGUCUCUGUCCCGGAGCUCAAUCCAAACGGCUUAUUCCUGUGAUGUACAAGCCAAUGACAAAGCCGUUCCCCAGCAUCUUACGCUUCCUCACCAUAUGUGACUACACUCGGCCCUGCACACAGGCCUGGUUCUGGGUACGCCUGGCGAAAGCUCUCUCGCAGCCUCACAAAGACCAGGCCAGUAGUUGUGUUUAAAGGUGUUCUGUGGGGUUUGGGUAAUGAUCAAACAUCCCAGGUUAAAGUAUAUACUUUUGUUUGUGAUCUGCGUCCUGGUGGCUUCUGAACACAUUCUGAGGUUGUACAAUAUUAAGUAUUAUGAUUGAAGCUAUUUGGGUUCUCUAUAAAGCUGACAUUGAGAUUUCUGGAAAUUGUCACUAUGAAAACUCGAGCUGCACAAGGAUACCAAAUAUCAGUUCUCACUGCACAAGGCCUUUAUUAGAUUUAACAAUAACAUAAGAUGUGCCUGCCGCUGUUUUGUAUUUAUGUGGGGAGUAUUGGCAAACAGGAUGUGUUAGAGGACGGUCUACAAAAUGUUCUGUGGUAGCUAGUUUCUCUGCACUUCCUCUAAUGAGUCAAAUUCUAGGUGAGAUUAGAGAUUAAUAGGAAGCGCUAUUGUGAUUAUGAUUGUGAUUCUUCCACUUAGUUAAUUUUGACCUGCUGACACCCCCGCCUUUCCAUCUGAAUUUGUACUGAUAUGUUUAUUGAAGUGAAUGUAUUCUACGUUGAAAAAAUGGUCUAAACAUUAUUUCCUCAAAAUAUUUCUUAAACAUUUCGAAUGUAUGAUGAUUUUGUAUCUAAAAAUAAAAUGCCUUUCUACUGUCACAAAA